AUGUCACUGAACCCAAUACGAGCCUCACUCGUCCGUCCGACAAGCAGCAUGUCCCGAGUCCCUCAAUCGUUCUCACGAAUAUCCAAUCGAUCUGUCCACUAUACCUUCCCUCGUUUCACAGCCAACACCACUUCCUCAUCUACCACACAUCACGCUCAUGGACAUCAGCACGCUCACCAGCAUGCAAGUCAAGCACCGAGGAAUGGCAAAAAACCCAGUCCGCAUAUGGUCUGGUACAGGGAGAUAGUUCCGGCUAUGAUCCCCAUAUUCCUAAUAUCCACCACGCUCUUCCUCUCCCUCUCUCUCAUUCGAACCCACCUGUCUCACUCCAAAUCGCUCAGCGAAUCCAACACUAAGAUUCAAGAGCUUGAAUCGCAGUUAUCGCAAUUACGCUUAGAACAGAAAAGACAAAUGGUACGUGAAAAGAGGGAGAGAGAGAGGAUCUUGCCGUUAGUUGUGGAAAGGGUUUUACAGCGUGUGGGGGUGGUUGGAGGGGAGGAAGAUGAGGAGGUGGAGGAGGAGGUAAAGGAGUUACCUAGGUUGUUAUAA